UACGAAAGUAAUAAAUUGGAGCCUUUAUCUUUUAAAAAUCUUGUCGUUUUUCGCAGAGAAUCGCCUAAACUUGCGGCGUUGUUGAAAAGAGAUGAAGGAAGGGUCGAUACUGUGAGGCUUAAAGUUCAAUCUUUAACUGCCAAAGUGAAAGAAGGUCAGUAUCCUACAGCUGAUGGAUUUAGCUACCUUGAGGCUAAGAAUUUGCUGCUUUUGAAUUAUGUCACCUUGUUUAUUAUUUAUGCGGAAGCUAAAGGGUUAUCAAUAGAAGAUCACCCUGUUGUUCGAAGUGUUGUAGAGAUAAGAUUGUUUUUGGAAAAGAUUCGGCCAAUUGACAGAAAACAACAAUACCUCCAGAAACUAGUCAGGCUGCAACCUGUAAAGUUUGCCCCUACUUCUAUGGAUCUAGAAAAACCUUCUAAGCAUGAAAGAAAUGCCUUGCGGAAGGAAAAAGAAAUUCUGAAACAAGCUAAGCAGAGUGAUUAUAUCACAUUGAUGAAUGAUAUGGAGGAAAGACCUGAAGAGGUAAAAUUUAUUUUAUUGCUGAAUCAUUAUGACUUAUAGUAUGCUUGGGUUUCAGUUUAAACUCCUUCAAAAGUAUUUUCAGACUCAAAUGUACAAAGAGAGCAUCCUUCUCGAAGUACUUUUAACUCCUAAGAAUAUUUUUGAACUAUUAUCGCGAACUUGCAUUAAUGAUUUACGUAAUGUGUUUUUUGGGCUCACUACUCUACUCAGGUGGGGGAUUUUGAGGACUACAAAGGAAUUGUGAUAGAUUGGUCCCCAGAUGGAGAAAACGCGCUCAGCAAGAGGAGGAGAUGUUCACUCGUGUCUCCUUACG